AUGGUGACAAUGACACAGUGCUCAGGGGGUCGCAGCGUUUAUUGCAGGCCUCAGUUGGCCUCCAGGAUGGAGUCGAUCCAGUCGCGGAGCUUGGUGACGCGGGCGUACACGCCGGGCGUCUGGGGGUCGCAGGUGCUGCUGCCCCAGGACACGAUGCCCACCAGGUUCCAGGCGCCGUCCUUCUGGCACACCAGCGGGCCGCCGGAGUCGCCCUGCACGGAGCAGCGGGUGAGCGCCGGGGCGGGGCCCGGGGCCACCGGGGAAGCAGCGGGGACCGGGGGCACGUACCAUGCAGGAAGAGGCUCCGUCGGCGCCGGCACAGACCAUCACGUCGCGGAUGCGGUAGCCCCAGAACUCCUUGCACUGGGUGUUGGUGAGCAGGGGCAGAGCCACCUGCUGCAGCACCGCCGGCGUGUGCGAGGCUGCGGGAAGCGGGGCGCGUCAGCGCCGGCACCGGCACCGGGAGCGGAGCAGGAAUGGGGAAACGGCUGGGACGGGGAGCGGGGGGACGAGGAGGACAGGACCGAGAUGAUGGGGGAGAUCGGAACAGGAAUGGGGAUUGUGGAGCCCGGAGUCACCCGCAAGGCCCUCAACAAGCACCUGCGUGGCACUGGGCUCUGGUUUCCUGUCGACCCUGGGGCGGACGCCUCGCUGUGUGGCAUGGCAGCCACGGGUGCCUCGGGCACCAACGCGGUGCGCUACGGCACCAUGCGCCCCAACGUGCUCAACCUGCGCGUGGUUCUGCCGGAUGGGCGCCUGCUCCACACUGCUGGCCCCGGGCGCCAGCCCAGGAAGCGGGCGGCCGGCUACGACCUGACCUCACUCUUCGUGGGCUCCGAGGGCACUCUGGGCUUCCUGACUCAGGCCACGCUGCGACUGCACCCGCUGCCCGAGGCCACUGCUGUCACCGUCGCCUCCUUCCCCAGCGUGGGGGCAGCCGUGGCUUGCACCGUCCAGGUGCUGCAGGCUGCUGUGCCUGUGGCCCGCAUCGAGUUCCUGGAUGAGGUGAUGGCAGAUGCCUGUGGCCGCUUCAGUAGGAUGGAGUUGCCAGUGGCAGCCACACUCCUCCUGGAGCUGCACGGCUCCCGGCGUAGCCUUGCUGAGCAGCAGCAGCACAUGGAGGAGAUAGUGCAACAGAACAGCGGCUCCAGCCUGGCCUGGGCGGAGGGGCUGGACGAGCGCGAGCAGCUCUGGUCCAUGCGCCACAAUGCCUGGUACGCUGCCCUGGCGCUGCGGCCCGGCUGCCAGGGCUACUCCACGGAUGUCUGCGUGCCCAUUUCCCGCCUGCCUGAUGUGGUGGUGGAGACCAAGCAGGACCUGCAGGCCUCCGGCCUCACCGGACCCAUGGUGGGACACGUGGGCGAUGGCAACUUCCACUGCAUCCUUGUAUUCAACUCCCAGGACCCGGAGGAGGCCCAGCGCAUCCACGCCUUCACCCAGCGCCUGGGCAGGCGGGCACUGGCAGCAGGGGGCACCUGCACUGGGGAGCACGGCGUGGGGCUGGGCAAGCGGGCACUGCUGCAGGAAGAGCUGGGCCAGGAGGGCCUGGACACCCUGCGCUCCAUCAAGGCUGCACUGGACCCCCACAACCUCAUGAACCCUGGCAAGGUGCUCUGAGGGGGAGCACCAGCACUGAGCUGGCAGUGGGGAGCCUCAGCCCCUGGAGUUGGGGCCAGGGUGACCAUGCUGCCCUGCAAUGCCACUGUAUGUAUCCCUACAAAUCCCCCCAUCACUACUUCUGGGGGUCAGGGAUCCUCAAACUCCCAAUAAACCCUUUGGACUCGCACUGUC